UUUUUUUUUUUUUUUUAAGUUUACGCCCUCCAGGAGCGAGCGCUUGGCGCUUGUUUGCUCGUGCAGACAUUUCCCAAGCGUUUUUGGAGAUAGUCGUUGCAAGGCGCCUGUGCCUCAAGAUGUCUGGAGAGGACGAGAUCAUUUAUAUAAAUAGGGAUAGCGACACUGAUGAAAGCAUCAGCGAUGAUGGAGAUGUACUAUUUAGUGAAGAUUUUAGUUCCGAGAUUGUUGAGGAUACAUCGAGUUUUGAAGGCUUGACCAUUGACUCUGAACUUGAAGACUCUGACGACAGCUUUGAAGAAGAAUCCCUACCUGAGAUUGAAGAUGAUGAUGAUGAUGAUGAUGAUGACGAUGGAGCUGAUGGAGAUGAUGAGGAUGAUGAAGACGAUGAAGAUGAUGAUGAAGUUUAUGAAGAAAUUCUUCCAGAAGAUUUAAGAAGACACAGCCCUAGCUCAGUGGCUUCCCCAUUAACCAAAAGAAGACGAUCAUCUAUUUCAGAUACUUUUAUGCAAUUAGAAGAACUCCUUGAGAGGACAAACAGGCAGAUUACCAAUAUUUAUGAAGCAGUUUCAAGAAUGCACGAGUUCUGUGGGGUGUCACAGAUGGAGAGAUGUAGAAAAUGUGGUGAGCCAUUAAGCCCAGCAGUGCAAGCAGUUGAGGGCCAGGACAAUCCUGACAGAAGAGUUCUUCAGCCAGUGGCAGAGGACAACCGUGAAAAGCUAGUUCCUGAUACUGACUUAGAUCCCCGUGAUGGAGGUGCUCAAGAAAUCAACACUGUCACCAUCUCAUCUAACCAGCCUGCUGUGGAAGCUCCUCUAGUAUUUCAGAAACCACUGGACUCCAUUCCAACUAAUGGCCCUAAUGCCAUGAUUGACCCAGAUAUUGUGGGAAUUAAGAACAUCAUCCCAGAUAUGGUCGCACCAUUUGUCUACAUCCCUCCCAAUUUGGAAAUACCAGAUUUUACAGAAGUCAUUAUUAGAAACAACACUGUGAUGAUGAGCAACCCAACUUCUGAGGAAAAUCAACAAGAUAGUUUCAAUCCACCUGUCUAUCACAACUUUGGUAUUCCAGUAAUACCAGAAGCUGUCUUGGUAAACAAUCCUGAGACAGUGAAUUACCCACCUUCAACUGCAAAUACCAGUGGCCACCAAAAUUUAUUUUCAUCGACUGGACCUACUACUGCUCCUGAGAUCAAAGAAGUUGUACUAGUAGAAAUGCCAGAAAAAACUGAAGUUGUCGUGGACGGCAAUAAGCAGACAGUAUAUUGCCCUGCUUUAUUGGGAAAUGUUGUUCCCCCAGAUGCUGAAACUAUAGCUGCUUCUAUUGCUUCUAAGUCUGUCAUUGAAAAACUUGUACUGGUGGAAAUGCCAAUUGAUCCAGAAUGUAUCGUGGAUGGCAGCCCUGAGAAACUGAAUAACCCCAUUGUAGUGCAGCAUGUUCAGGGCCAAGAUCCUGCUGCAGCAUCCCUUGUGCCUUUGGCAGUUGAAUUAUUGGACAAUGAAGCAAACAAUGCACAGGGAAUAAAUAACCUACUUUUAUUGGAAAAUGAUGGUGGCCAAGCUAUGCCAUGCUGUGUCUGUAUUCAUUCUGGUGUUGGAGCCACACCACAAAUCCCACCCCAAGUUGUGAAUUUCCCAGCUCCCGUGGAACGUGGUAAUGAGCAUGGUAAUGACUUAGUGCACCCUAUUGAACAAGAAGAAUAUCUUGGUAAUCCAAGAAGAAACAUCAGGCUACCAAAAUUUCAUUUGCUGACUGCAAAAAAUAAGCCAACUCCCACUUAUGCAGCCUGCUACUUGGCUAAUGUGAUAUUCUCUGAGGAAAUUCUGACUUUAAGCUCAGUCACUGAACGUACUUCACGUUAUAUAUUCAUGGAUCAAAACAAGAUGUCAGCAAUAAGAGAAUAUCUCUUGACGGUUUUCCCAAACUAUGACUUAAGGGAACGAGGAAAAGACUGGAAAGACUGUAUUUCUGCUGUUAGUUUUAUGAUAGAGAGUUUGUAUACAGAAGCAGAAAUACCCGCAAAUAGAAAUGUCAGUGUGCCCAUGUCCACAAACUGGUGUGCCGGAAUCAAUAAUGAUGCGGGUGAGGGCCCUUCUCAGUGGCUUCAGGAUGUCAGGGAGUCCGUAAGAAGAGAAAGAGUGGAUUUUGAACAUAUUCCUGAGGGCAAUGGUAAUGCAGCCAUCCAUCCUGACCAAUUGGUAUUUAUUGGAGAUCCAUCUAGAGAUAUACACAUACCAUAUUCCGUACUGAAAAUAGCAAAAACCCAUUUGCGUCCAGACCUGGCAGCCAAAUACAUCAUACUCCACUUGUUUCCAGAAGAAGUCCUAAUUGAAAGUAACGUCUAUGGCAAUAUGCAGUGUGGCCUGUUCGCCCUUGAUUCCAAUAGGAUUGAUGCUCUCCGAGAAUUUCUUCAGGACAACUACCCUGAACAUGAUCUAGAAGAAACGGGAUAUCAUUGGAAAUUGUGUGUGACAGCCAUCAACAGCUGUCUGCAAAUCCUUAGACAAGGCCCAAGGAAUGUCACAGUCUAAUCAUUCUAAUUCCUCCCAACAACUCUUUCCACGGAGUCAACCAGACAUGAAACUAACUGAUUGCACUUACCCAAUUUUUUUCUAAAAUAGUAGAUCAUUUUGUAAGUUUCCAAAGUAGUAAUGCCAGAUUUAGCAUGUCGUAAUGAUGACGUUUUGUACUGACUACCAAUUAACCAAAGAUCUUUUUCUGUUUUCAAGAAUUAGUUUGUCUCUGGACAAAGUGGGGAACAGUGUACUUCUUUCUUGAGCUUCCAGUUAGAGGAAUACUAUGGAAUUCUUUUUUUUUUUCCUUUUCUUUUUUCGGAGCUGGGACCCGACCCCAGGGCCUUGCGCUUGCUAGGCAAGCGCUCUACCACUGAGCUAAAUCCCCAACCCAUACUAGGAAAUUCUUAAAUGAUUAUUUUACCUGGUUAUUUGAAUAAGGAGUGAGAGCAGUAUACUUAGCACUUAAUGGCAGACGAAAUCUGAGUGCCUGCAACACGCAGGUAGAGAACUGUAAUUGGAAAAAUACAAGAUGUGUUAAGCAUUUCUUGCAUAUGGUAGAAACUUGGUAUUUGUCAAGUCAGUUGACAGUUUAGAACUUAGGCAAAAACUGUUGAUUCAGAAAAGACAUGUUAUCUACUUACAUCCAGAAUGCCUUUGGUGGCUUCCUUAUACAUCGUAUACAGUAACAAAAUUGCUGUCACAUUCACUUGACAUAGCCUUCCAGAGAUAAGACUUAGUUGCCUUGAUAUACUCCAGAUAGAGUAGUAUUUUUAAAAUUACCUCUUGAUACCAUUUUUAUUACACAAUUUCUCAUGUUAAAUGCCAGGGGAGCUGACAUUCCUCUUAGCAAUUAAACUUUUAAAAUGUCUGUGAGUAAUAAGGAUCUGACCAAAUUCGGACACUCAAAAUAUUUUUGGUUUUUGAAGUGUCUGGGUAAAGGUUUUAAUAUACUACCAUUUUUUCAGAUACGUUCUACUAGUUGAGUGCACACAAAUUUAAAUCUGACAUUACUUUGUGCAUAAGAAAACAAUGGUCAGAAAUUCAGAGAAAAGUGCUCUUAAAACAGUGGUUAUCAACCUGUGGGUCACAGUCCUUUUGGGGACAAGUGACCCUUUCAUAGGGGUCACAUAUCAGAUAUCUUGCUAUAAUUGGGGGUCACCAAACAUGAAAAACUAUAUUAAAGGAUUACAGCAUUAGGAAGGUUUAGGGCCAGUCAUAAAUUAAUAUUCACACAAAUAUUCAAAUAAUUAAUAUUAUCAGGAAUAUUGGAGAAAUGAAAAAGGUCCAUCUUCCUCAUGAAUAGUGUUUUGUUCUUAACGUAAGUCCCUUAUUAUAGAGAAUGUUAUUGGAUGAUUUAGCCACAGAAAUAGCCCAAUUAUUUGAAUAUUUGUGUUUAGGAAACAUUUUAUUAGUUAUAAUGCCAUCUUUUAGCUGUAAACCUAUAGAAAUUUUAUAUACGUGAAGUAAAUUUUAAAUUAGUUACAAAGUUUCUUACAUGAAACACCAGUAUAACCCAAAAUUAUAUCUUACAUGGUUGACCUCCACUAACUUCAGUAUUUUGAUAAAAAAGAGGGGAAAAAAUCCAAUGGAAAGAGAUAAUGUACGUCCAUUAAGUAGUAUAACUAUUUUGAAGUCCUGUUAUUGUCACAACUUGUGAGAGAUAUUAAUAUUUUUAGGUGACCAAUUUUUAGAAGACAUGUACACACCCACCAAUUUGAAAACUAAAUUCAACUUUUAGAGUCUUAAUAUAAUACGGUAUGUCUUCAUAAGGAUUAUCUGUGACAUAUUAGAUGUUGUAGAUAGUUGUGGUAAUAUGUUUAUUACCAUAAUAUAUGCACAAGGCUCUGGGUUAAAUUUUGGUACCAAAAGAAAAAAAAGAAAUUAACAUUUUAAGGCUCUGUACCCUAAAUAAAUAUAUAAACAAAGGAAUAUUUUCCUUUAGCUUUACAAAAUUCUAAGGGGUAUUUACAAAGGAUUUAAAAAGUAGAUAGUUAAAAAAUAUUUUAUAAUUGACAAAAGAAUUUUGACAAGAACUAUUUAGACUUACUUAUUUAAGCAAGUCUCUGCCUUCAUCAUUCAGUUUAACCAGUCUUAUAAAUAUUGAUGUUUGAGCUAACAUAGAAAUAAAAACCCAUGCUAUAAAUAUACAUCAAAACAUAGCAUUGUCCUCCAUGAAUCCAUGCAUCUAUUUGGUAGUUUAAAAUGCAAUUUAAAAAGAGGAAAGUGAAAUUACAUGCUAGGCAAGAAAUUACUUCAAACUGCAUAUACAGAUUUCAAAUUGAACUUGUCCAUUUCAAAACAAAACCACAAGAUCAAUAUUCUCUGUAUUUGAUCAGUUUUUAAGACACAUGGCCAUUGAUUAAAUAAAUCGUUUGGAAUAGUGCUCCAAUAGAACGUCCCACUGGAAUAGAAACAUUCAUGACUUGUUCGGUGUGCUAGCCACUAGGCCUAUGUAACUAUUCAACACUUGAAAAAUUUCAUGAGUUAAAUUCGAAUUUUGGGUGCUAAAAUUGAAAGGUGGGUUUGGAUGGCACAUUUGAGAUAUAUUGCCAUCUUAUUUCUGAUUUUAUAAUAGGAAGGACUUAAUUUCGAGGCCCAUACAUACUAGGCAAGAACUUUAAAGAUCAAAGAGUAACCUUCAUUUGUAUAAAAUAUUCAGAAUAGCUCCUAUUGUUUGAGAUAUAACAUGUAUAUCUUCUGUGAAAAUCUUAUGUUGCAAGAUAAUACUUGCAUGAUGAUACUGAAUAUUUUAUUGUACACUUG